UUUACUUUGUUGCGUGUAAGUGUCGCUACUUGUGUACUUCGUUGUGUGGCGGAGGCCCGAAUCAAUGAGGGGUGGAGUGUUGUGAUGAAUCACAGCACAGAGAACCCUCAUGUUGCUCAUCUAUAUGCUCGUUUUCAUUGCCAUCCUCGACGUGGAAAGCUUUUUAUUUUGUACGAGAUGGAAAUUACUCAUCCGGUGGCAUAUCGCCGUGUGGUGGUCUCUGGCUCAAAGGACCUUGUGGAAUACUUUGUGAGGGCGAAGGAUGAUGGCAGGACUGUCGUACCCGCACAGACGGAGAAGAAAACAGGGUGGUUGAUGUACCUUGCAAUAUUGCGUUCUCAAUUGCGUCAUUGGAUGCUUGCAGAGCAAGUGGCUCUUCUGUGCCUGUUGGCUUCACAGCCAAUCCGCCGACCCCUUCUGAAAGACAUUCAGGAGCUUUCGUUCUCUGAGGGAGUCUCUGCAGGGUGGUCCGCACACUGCAGUGUCCGCUCCAUUGGGCUUUUCUUUCGGUGGGAGGAUGGUCUGUUGCACUUCUUGGACCCCUGUGGAGGGGGUGGGUCAUGGGGCAAGAUGCCAUCCGUUUCGGUGUUGGCGCGUCGAGUACUUGUAGCCGCGUUACGCAGGAGGCAUAAGCUUCUGUUGCAGGAUGAACCCAACGUGUUCUUGUCCCUUGCCAGCAAUGAACGGUCUUCCUGUUAUGUUGUUCAGGUGUUUUUGCUAGACAACGAGUUUGAAAAUGGUUACGAGGGAUGCGUGGCUGCAGGGUUUGAGUGCCGCUUCAGUUUCUUUCUGACGGGCGUUGGCGAAGAAUUACAGGCGCUUGCAGAUGUCAUCGCCGAUGUGAGGGCAGGUGUUUCAGCCACCCGAAGUACGGCUGUUGGGGAGACGUGUUUCACUCUUGCGGUGGAGGCAGGCAUCAACGAGGCGAAUGCGCGGGCUCUCCACCUUACUUUCUGUAAUGUUUUGCUGCGACGACUGGAUCUGAUCGCCAGCCACAUUGAGCCAUCGCCAUGUGGCCGAAACGUUGUCCCGAAGGAGUUGAGAGGCCGCAGGGCACGGCAGUUGUAUUCAUCCGUGGAAGUGUCACGGGGGGAAGAAAUGCGGACCUUUCGGCAUCUGACAUCUCGCUGCUUUUUGACGCCGUAUUUGGUGAGUCCGUGGUUACUGUCUGACGCUAUUGCCUUUCACUGGAUGAUUGUAACUGCUGAGAUGUGGAGAACAUUUGCUACACCUUCUUUCAGUAUCUUUGUCGCACGCCGUGUUCGAGAUGGUUUUCGAUUGCUGCAUUGCAUGGGGUGCUG